AUGGCGUCGGGGCAGAGCCAAGAGGAGGGCAGCGCGGGCCUCUGUGCUGGCCAGCUGGGCUCCUGCCACUCAGACCCCUCUACAGGACCUGCCAAUUUGCCUAUCAGCAUAAGUGACCUUUCUGUUCCCCAAAACAAUUGCCCACCACUGGCCACCGUCCAGCCCCAUCCAGCAGUCUGUGAGAACUGGGAAGACGAUCGCUUGGAGGCUGUAGAAAGGGAUCCUGGGUUGCCAGAGAGCGAUUCCUCCCUGCUGGCUCCCCAGGCACAAGAGACCCCUGAAGAGCCUUUGCCUGCUCCCGCUGAGGUGCUCUCCCAGCCUCGGGCCUGCCCCUCAAGUGAGGAAUUCUCUUUGCCCGACCCGGACAAUGCGGUGGGAGAACAGAGGCUCCAGACGGCCCCGCUGCACCCACAAGCGGACCCCUCCACGGAUCACGCCGGUGCCGCCCUCAUUUGCUCCGAGGCUGAGCUGGGAUCUUUGAUCUUGCAGCACGGCAGGCGGCAGAAUGGGUGCCUGGAUGCGGAAGAUGCUCCCUUGGCGGAAAGCCCCGAGCAGGAUGGUCUGUCCCAGAAGUCACUGCAGAACAUCGCCGUGCAGACGGACUUCAAGACGGCUGACCUGGAAGUGAACACAGACCAGGAUAUCGAGAAGAACCUGGAUAAAAUGAUGUCAGAGAGGGCUUCGCUGAAGGAGCGCUAUCAGGAAGUGCUGGACAAGCAGAGGCAGGUGGAGAAUCAGCUCCAGGUGCAGCUGAAGCAUCUACAGCAGCGACGGGAGGAAGAGAUGAAGAAUCACCAGGAGAUUCUGAAGGCCAUUCAGGAUGUGACUGUGAAACGGGAAGAGACCAAGAAGAAGAUGGAAAAGGAGAAAAAGGAGUUUUUGCAGAAGGAACAGGACCUGAAGGCCGAAAUUGAGAAGCUCUGUGAGAAAGGCAGGAGGUUGCUGAAAGAGCAAGAGGAGAAGGAGAACAAGAUCGUUUCACUCAUUGCUGAACAGUCCGAGGAGAAGGAGGUCUGGGAGACGGAACUGGACAAGCUGAAGGACCAGCACCAUGAAAUCAGCCAGUCCAUCCUGGAGGAGACGGAGCGGGCUUGGAAAGCAGAGAUCCUGUCCCUGGAGAGCCGCAAGGAGCUGCUGGUGCUGAAGCUGGAAGAGGCCGAAAAGGAGGCUGAGCUGCACCUCACCUACCUCAAAUCAGCCCCGCUCACCCGGGAGACCAUCCAAGCGAAGCAGGAGUGGGAGAAGAGGCUGAAGAAGAUACGGAUGACCAAGGAGAGCGUGCGGGACCAGUUUAACGACCACAUCCAGCUUGUGCGGAGCGGAGCGAAGCUGAGCAGCCUCCCCCAGAUCCCCACACCCCCCCUGCCACCACCCCCGCUGGAGACAGACUUUCUGCUGCCGGCCUUCCCCUCCAAUUCCUCACUCGCCCCUCGGCUGCCCUUCUCCAUGGGGCCGGUGCCCCUGCCCAUGGUCAUGCCCAGCGCAGACCCCCGUGUGCUUUCCUUCCCCCUCCUGCCCCCUCCCAUCGCCCGGCCUAGCCAGCAGUCCCCUCCCCGGCCCCCCUCUCAGGGCCGGAACAGCCCUGGGCUCUCCUCCCUGGGUGGCCCCCGCACGGCGCCCACAGCCACGCUCCCUCCCCCGCCGGGCCUGGGCGGGGUCAAGGCAGCUUCAGAAUUCCACAGACCCCCACCAGUGGACAAGCUGGAGAAGAUCCUGGAGAAACUGUUGACCCGAUUCCCCCAGUGUAACAAGGCCCAGCUGACUGCCAUCCUGCAGCAGAUCAAGGCGGCACGGCGCACCCUGGCAGGGCUCACCAUGGAGGAGCUGAGCCAGCUGGUGGCAGCCAGGCUUUCCGAGCAGCAGGAAAGGGGGGCUGUUGUGGCUGCCGUCGGUGCCCAGCCCAUCGGUCGGAUCCGCUCCUCCCUGUUCCCUGCUCCUCUGCCUCAGAUGAGCGGCCCUGUGUUUUUGCCACCUGCACAGGUGUCCUAUGCUGGGACACCCUCACAGGCUCCCGUGGCCUGCAAGCUGUGCCUGAUGUGUCAGAAGCUGGUGCAGCCCGCCGACCUCCACCCCAUGGCCUGUUCCCACGUGCUGCACAAGGAGUGCAUUAAAUUCUGGGCCCAGACCAAUGCAAACGAUGCCUGUCCCUUCUGCCCGACGCUGAAAUGACCACUGGUGGACACGGUGGUGGUGGUGGUGGUCCGUGCCCAGGAGGGGCUCCCAGGAUUUCUACAACUCUAUAUUUAUACAGCCAUGUAUACACAUGUACAUUUUUAUUCUAUAGGGAAUGUGUGUAUAGAAAGUCUGUAUACAUACUAGUUCAGAAUUAAAGUGUGUAUAUUAUGCAGAA